UAACCAAAAAGGAAGGAAGGAAGGUGUAGACGAUUUGAUUGCGAGAUAACGUGAUUUUGUUUAGAAAAUACAAAAAGAGGCCUUUAAAUAAUUGAUGUGAUAAAUAGAUAACAUUUAGAUCGUAUAUCGAUACAUGAAACUAUGCUUGCGCUAAAAGAUUAUGGUAGCAGCGACGAAAAUAGUGAGACGGAAAAUGUCGACUUCACGUCCAUAUUUCCCAGUGACAAAUUCAUUCCCAGUGGAAAUUCCAAUUUCCAAAUUUGCUCGGCUCCAGAAGUCGUACCUACUGGAACAGAAUUGUGUGUAAAACACAUAGAUCCAACUGCAAUGGAAGUUACACAUAAUCCAAGGUAUGAGGAACUUUUUGGACCCGAGGUAGGACCUGAAAAUCCAUUCAAGACGCAGCAGCAGCGUGCAGUGAAAAAUAUGCUAUCUGGAUAUGUGGAAAGUGCGCAUAUAAGUGAAUUUCAGUUUGAAAAUCAAAGGAGAACAUUUGCCAGUUAUGGAUAUGCACUAGAUCCAACUGUAGAUGGUAGUGCGGAUGAAGGUAGAGUUAUGAUCGGUGCAACGGAAGCGGCAGAAGAAGCGGGCGGCAAGACCGUUUUUGAAAAUACCACCUUGAGACCCUCAGACAAACGAAAGAGGCACAGAAACAACGAUCCAUCAGAUAUAGAAGGUUUUUUGGGUCCUUGGGGUGGUUACAUUGAUGAAAAACGAGUUAUCAAGCCAAGCGAAGAUGAAGCCGCUGAAUUAGAAGAAAUCUUAGCCAAACGAAAUAAACGAGGAAAGCAGACAGAGGAGAAACCACUCGAGGAGAAGACCAUAUUACAUAUUAAAGACAGUGUGGACUAUCAGGGACGCUCAUUCUUGCACGCGCCUCAGGAUGUAGGUGUGAAUCUCAGAUCGGAAUCACCACCCGAUCGUUGCUUUUUACCAAAGGCGCAAAUUCACACGUGGGAAGGCCACACCAAAGGCAUUUCGCAAAUCCGAUGGUUUCCACGUACAGCGCAUUUAUUACUGUCCUGUAGUAUGGAUUGUCGAGUGAAGUUGUGGGAAGUAUACAAAGACAGGAGAUGCGUUCGUACAUACUAUGGACAUCGACAAGCGGUACGGGACAUAAGUUUUGACAAUGACGGCAAGCGAUUUUUAUCAGCGGCUUACGAUCGAUACGUGAAACUUUGGGACACAGAAACAGGAACUUGUAUCAGUCGCUUCACGAGUAGAAAGAUCCCAUAUUGUGCCAAGUUUAAUCCUGAUCCAGAUAAACAGCACCUCUUUGUAGCUGGUACCAGUGAUAAAAAGAUCAUUUGCUGGGAUAUACGUUCUGGUGAAAUAACACAAGAAUAUGAUAGACACUUAGGAGCUGUGAAUACCAUCACGUUUGUCGACGAAAAUAGACGAUUCGUCACAACCAGUGACGAUAAAAGUCUUCGGGUUUGGGAAUGGGACAUUCCUGUGGAUAUGAAAUACAUAGCUGAUCCAUCCAUGCAUUCUAUGCCGGCGGUAACGCCGUCACGAAAUCAGAAAUGGCUCGCUUGCCAAAGCAUGGAUAACAAAAUUGUUAUAUUUUCGGCGUUAAAUAGAUUCAAAAUGAAUCGAAAGAAGACGUUCACGGGGCAUAUGGUCGCAGGAUAUGCGUGCGGUUUAGACUUCUCGCCAGAUAUGAGUUACUUGGUAUCGGGCGAUGCAGAUGGUAAGUGCUACAUAUGGGACUGGAAAACAACAAAGUUAUACAAAAAGUGGAAGGCGCACGACGGGGUGUGCAUUGACGUAUUAUGGCAUCCUCAUGAGCCUUCUCGACUCGCUACUGCUGGCUGGGACGGCAAGAUCAAGUACUGGGACUAAAACAAUUCCCAACAAGCCGUAAGCCACAGACAUCCUUGUUGACAACAGACAUAUUUUGUAUAUUUGUAAAUAAUAAAUACUGAUAAUUAAAAGAAAAUAAGAUUUUUAAACACUAAUUGUCAUUGAUAAUGCACAUUGAUAAUGAAUGUAUGACAAUGUAUGAAUGCUUUUAUAUUAUAGACUAUAUAUAAAUAAUCAAAUGAUUUUAAUUAAAUAAAAUCUCUCUAUUUCUCAAUCCUUUGAUUACUUUCUCGCUAAUACCUUAUCCAAUCGAAUAUAUCAUCGGUGAAUGUGUAUAUGUAUAAUCAAGUUUGAUUGUUCGGUAGAACACUCGUCAUUGCUAUACAAUUGCGACGAUACAUACGUGGCACGCAUAACGCAUAUAAUACUAUUGAAUUCUGUUAUCUGGCGACACGAAUAUACCCACCAUUAUUUAACAUAUACUACGUUUACGCGCGAGCGUUACUUCUGUAGUAACUUACGAUAUGUCACUCGUUUACG